AUAAGUUUAUAACACACACUCUCUGGUUCAAGCUUCUUCCUCUCUCUCUCUAUCUUUCUGCACCUUCCGUCUCGUCUGGUUUCUUAAUUCACACAAAACGCAUUUGGGUCAUUCAUUGUGUGCAUUCUUCAAAUCUUUUCUACGAAGUUUUAUGAAUCGAUUUUCACUUCUCUUCUUCAUUCAAUCGAUUUGAAAAUCCUCUGUUAUUUUUGGGUUCUCUUUGAUCUGGUAUUGUAUUGUCAACAAUCUUCAUUCAAUUCAGUGUUCUUGAGACAAGAUUUCGAGUCUUGUUUUCCAAGAAGGAAGCUGAGUUUGAAGAAUUUGCGACCCUUUUCUUGUAAACGCCAUUUUCAUCGGCUCCGUACUACUUGAGGGAGUUUAAAGAAAUCGAUAUAAUCUUCUUUUGUUCUGGUGGGUUGAGUUCUUUUUUCCCAUUUUUGAGAAAUUUGGGGUUUCCCCAUUAUAAUCUGUGUAGUUUCCUCCGUUUUCCAUCGAUACGAAACGGAGGAUUCUUCUUUUGGGUAAGAAAUGUUGGGAACUGAGUUGCAGUUUGGGGGAAUCAAAGGCGAGGAUCGGUUUUAUAUUCCGAUAAGGGCAAGGAAGAAUUAUAAUCAGCAAAAGCCAUCAAGAAGACCUACCAAGACCGAUGAAACUGAGAGCCCAUCGUGUAAAGUUUUGGCUUCUACUAUAAAGCCUUCUAAGCAAUUGACUCCUCAGUCUAAGAGCAACUUAGAGAGAUUCUUGGAGGCUACCAGGCCUUCAGUUCCAGCGCAGUAUUUCUCUAAGACAACUAUGAGGGAUUGGAGGACUUGUGAUAUUGAGUUUCAACCUUAUUUCAUUCUGAAUGAUCUGUGGGAGUCUUUCAAGGAGUGGAGUGCAUAUGGCGCUGGAGUUCCUUUAGUACUUAAUGGAGGUGACUCUGUUAUUCAAUAUUACGUUCCAUAUUUGUCUGGUAUCCAGAUAUAUGGUGAAGCUUCUGCAAUGAGAUCAGAUUCUAACUUCAGGCUGGUUAGUGAGGACAGUGAUCUUGACUCUUCUAGAGAUACAAGCAGCAAUGGAAGCAUUGACUAUGAGUUUGGAAAAAUCUGUAACUUUUCUAGUGAACAGUGGGCUCAUCACCAUUUAGCUUGUGAAAACACUCUGAAAAUGAGAAAGACGUCUUUAACCGAUGAACAUAGAACGAUACAAAAAGGUUUUUCAAGUGAUGAUGGGGAUGCAGGAUAUCCUCGGAGUGGUUUGCUCUUUCAGUUUCUUGAGCAAGAUCUUCCUUAUCAACGUGUACCGUUGGCUGAUAAAAUAUUUGAACUUGCUUACCAAUUUCCUGGUUUGAAAACUUUAAGAAGUUGUGAUAUCCUGUCAGCCAGUUGGGUCUCUGUAGCAUGGUAUCCUAUUUACCGUAUACCCACUGGGCCGACAUUAAAAGAUUUGGAUGCUUGCUUUUUAACAUAUCAUUCCCUUUCCACAUCAGGUAAUGGACAUGGCCUGCCACCGGUAAUGAUAUAUCCAAAGGACAUUGAUGAUAUCGCAAAGGUCUCCUUGCCUGUUUUUGGAUUGGCUUCUUAUAAGCUGAAAGGAUCGAUAUGGGGGCAAAAUGGCAUCAACGAGCAUCAAACGGCAAAUUCUCUCAUGCAGGCAGCAGAUAAGUGGCUGAGGAGCCUUCAGGUCAUUCAACCUGAUUUUCAGUUCUUUGCAUCACAUGGGACAUAUUGGAGAUGACAGGAGAUGACUCAAGAUAUGUGUCUUCCUCAAUGCUGCCCACUCAAACUACCAAAAUAACGAACUGAUGCCCUUAUCGACUAUUCGACCUGCCCUCAAUACUGGUAAAGAUACAUUUUGAUUUUGGUUGGUUUCUUCUUUCUGGGAAUACAUUUCAUGGAAGCACUUGAGAAAAAAAGUUCACAGCAACUUGUUAGAAACAUGUGUAAAAUGGGGGAGGAGAGUAAUAAAACUGUGAAAUGGGAGUAGUAGCAGAACAGAGCUCAUGUGAAGUGGAAUUUUGAAGGGCAAAAGCACUAUGGAAAUUGAGAACUGAUGGCAAUCAAGAUGGUUGUCUAUCAUUUUACACUGUCCUGGAAACUUGUUAGAAACAUGUGUAAAAUGGGGAGGAGAUAAUAAAACUGUGAAAUGGGAGUAGUAGCAGAACAGGGCUCAUGUGAAGUGGAAUUUUGAGGGGCAAAAGCAAUAUGGAAAUUGGAAACUUGUGAGAAUUCAUUCUCUAUUUCUACACUCCAAUAAAGUUUAGAGUCAUUGUUUGUCUUGUUUUGUGAACUUCAAGAAGUACAGAUUUCUAUGUAUAUUGCAUAUGUUUUAUGUUGGGUAUCUUUUUUAGAUUCACACGAGUAUAGGUGAGAAAGAUGAGAUGGAAUUCUAUAUUGAAAGGAAAAAUAUUAUCUUUGUAGUA